AUGGCUCCAUCUCCCAGGAGAAGCAGUAGAAAAGAUGCCAACGCCUUGCCAAGCAUGUCCUCAACUUUCUGGGCUAUCAUGAUUCUGGCCAGUCUCCUAAUUGCUUAUUGCAAUUAUAACAGCUAUUUUGGAGCGGAUAACCCUCAAUGGCUGUAUAUGAGACAUUGCCCGGGGUGCUUCCAAGAUGCUUUUGAGCUGGGUCAGCUGGCUGCAGGUACAUGUGAGAUUGUUACUUUGGACAGAGAUAGCAGUCAGCCCCGAAGGACUAUAGCCCGACAAACAGCUCGCUGUGCAUGUAAAAAAGGACAGAUUGCCGGUACAACAAGAGCAAGGCCAGCCUGUGUUGAUGCACGAAUUAUCAAAACAAAACAGUGGUGUGAAAUGCUUCCAUGUUUAGAAGGAGAAGGCUGUGAUUUGCUAAUCAAUAAAUCAGGCUGGACCUGUACACAACCAGGAGGAAGAAUAAAGACAACCACGACUGAAGACCAUCUGGAAAUGUCCUGA